CAGUCUUUGAAGUUGGCUCUCCUGGGACCCUCAAGGCACACUAGUCUCCAGAACAUACUAAGGCAUGGCAGGAAGGACACCCUUGCCACCGGCCGGCCCUUACCCACAGCUGCUGCUUGCUCUGCCCUGCUGAGCCACUCUGCCUGGAGCCCCUGGGACAGCACCUGCCUCCUGAAGUUGUCCUGGCUCAGCUGUCCACAGCGAUGGUGGAGAGCUGGACUCCACAGACUCACAACCUUUGUGUCAGGUUUCAGGGGCCAGCAUCCUUCAUCCUGGGACUGGCGGCCCUGAACAAUGGCUGAAAGCCAGGGGACCCCAUAGAGUUGCACCACAGCUUCCUGGGGCCCGCAGCAUUCCAGUGCCUGUGGACUAUGACCACCUAUCGGCCCCUUCCCAGUGAUGGCGUGGACCUGGCAGCUGGCUGUGGGGCCAGGGGCUCCGAUGUCCUCCCUGGGCCACAUACAGGGGACUACACUCCCAUGGGAUUCUGGGCCCAGAAUGGCAGCAUGUCCCAGCCUCUUGGUGAGAGCCCAGCCACUGCCACCACCCGCCCCAGCCCCACCACCCCUGCAAUGCCCAAGAUGGGCGUUCGUGCUCGAGUGGCCGACUGGCCACCCAAGCGAGAGGCCCUGAGAGAGCAGAGCAACCCAAGCCCCUCACAGGACACAGAAGUCACAAAGGCCACCAAGGUGGCCCAUUCCAUGAGGAGCAUACAGAAUGGACAGCCCCCUGCCAGCACCUCAGCUUCCUCAGGGUCCAAAGCCUUCCACCGACUCUCCAGGAGAAGGUCCAAAGAUGUGGAAUUCCAGGAUGGGUGGCCCCGGUCCCCCGGCAGGGCCUUCCUCCCUCUGCGACACCGCAGCAGUAGUGAGAUCACCCUCAGUGAGUGUGAUGUGGAGGACCCAGGGGAGCCUCGGGGGGGCCGGCACACAGGGGCCCUGCCCCUCUUCCGAGAAUACGGCAGCACCUCCUCCAUCGACGUGCACGGCGUGCCCGAGCAGAGCUUCUUCGACAUCCUCAAUGAGUUCCGCAGCGAGCAGCCCGAGGCCCGGGGCGCCCAGACCCUCAGCGAGCUGCUUCGGGCAGACCCUGGCCCUCAUCUCUCAGGGGGCGGCUGUGGAGCCAAGGGGGACCCCCGCAACGGGCAGCCCUCCAAAGACAGUCUCCUCCUGCAGCCUCUGAAGGAGAAGGAGAAGACCCGGAAGAAGCCCGUGCGGGGCCUGGGCAGUGGCGACACGGUGGACUCGUCCAUCUUCCGGAAGCUGAGAAGCAGUAAAGCUGACGGGGAAGCCGGGCGGGCCCUGGGGGAGGCCGAGGAGGGCCGGAGUCCCCCCGAAGCAAGCAGGCCGUGGGUCUGCCAGAAGAGCUUUGCCCACUUCGACGUGCAGAGCAUGCUGUUCGACCUCAACGAGGCGGCCGCCAACCGGGCGACCGUGGCCCAGCGGCGGAACACCACCACCGGGGCCUCCGCCGCCUCGGCCGCCUCCGCCAUGGCCUCCGUCACAGCAUCCCGGGCCCACAGCCUCGGGGGCCUGGACCCAGCCUUCACCAGCACAGAGGACCUGAACUGCAAAGAGAACCUGGAGCAGGACCUUGGCGACGACAACAGCAAUGACCUGCUGCUCAGCUGCCCGCAUUUCCGCAACGAGAUCGGAGGGGAGUGCGAGCGCAACGUGAGCUUCUCCCGGGCCUCCGUGGGCUCCCCAGGCGGGGCAGAGGGCCACCUGGUGGAGCCCACCCUGAGCGCCUACCGCACCAAUGCCAGCAUCUCAGUGCUGGAGGUGCCCAAGGAGCAGCAGAGGACACAGAGUCGGCCCCGGCAGUACAGCAUCGAGCACGUGGACCUGGGUGCCCGCUACUACCAGGACUACUUUGUGGGCAAAGAGCAUGCCAAUUACUUUGGGGUGGACGAGAAGCUGGGACCAGUGGCUGUGAGCAUCAAGCGGGAGAAGCUGGAAGACCACAAGGACCACGGACCUCAGUACCAGUACAGGAUCAUCUUCCGGACCCGAGAGCUCAUCACCCUGCGGGGCUCCAUCCUGGAGGAUGCAACCCCCACAGCCACCAAGCAUGGGACUGGGCGGGGCCUGCCCCUGAAGGAUGCCCUGGAGUACGUCAUCCCUGAGCUCAACAUCCACUGCCUGCGACUGGCUCUCAACACUCCCAAGGUGACAGAGCAGCUGCUGAAGCUCGACGAGCAAGGGCUGUGCCGGAAACACAAGGUGGGCAUCCUGUACUGCAAAGCUGGCCAGAGCUCCGAGGAAGAGAUGUACAACAACGAGGAGGCUGGGCCGGCCUUCGAGGAGUUCCUUGCCCUCCUGGGCGAGAAGGUCUGCCUGAAGGGCUUCACCAAGUACGCCGCCCAGCUGGACGUGAAGACCGACUCCACGGGAACCCACUCCCUCUACACGACGUACCAGGACUACGAGAUCAUGUUCCACGUCUCUACCCUACUCCCUUACACCCCCAACAACAGGCAGCAGCUGCUGAGGAAGAGGCACAUAGGGAACGACAUUGUGACGAUCAUCUUCCAGGAGCCUGGAGCACUACCUUUCACCCCCAAGAACAUCCGCUCACACUUUCAGCAUGUCUUCAUCAUCGUCCGCGUCCACAACCCCUGUACGGAUAAUGUCUGCUACAGCAUGGCUGUGACCCGAUCCAAAGACGCUCCUCCUUUCGGUCCCCCCAUCCCCAGUGGAACCACAUUCCGCAAAUCUGACGUUUUCAGAGACUUCUUGCUGGCCAAGGUGAUUAAUGCUGAGAACGCUGCCCACAAGUCCGACAAGUUCCACACCAUGGCCACCAGGACCCGCCAGGAGUACCUCAAGGACCUGGCUGAAAACUGUGUCUCCAACACACCCAUCGACUCCACCGGCAAGUUCAACCUCAUCUCCCUGACCUCCAAGAAGAAGGAGAAGACGAAGGCCCGGGCAGGCGCCGAGCAGCACAGUGCGGGAGCUAUCGCCUGGCGGGUUGCAGCUCAGGACUUUGCCCAGGGGGUGGAAAUCGACUGCAUUUUGGGAAUUUCCAAUGAGUUUGUGGUGCUCCUGGACCUUCGCACUAAGGAGGUGGUGUUCAACUGCUACUGCGGGGAUGUCAUUGGGUGGACCCCGGACGCCUCAACACUGAAAAUCUUCUAUGGCCGAGGAGACCACAUCUUCGUCCAGUCCACAGAGGGCUCUGUGGAGGACAUAAGGGAAAUCGUCCAGAGGCUGAAGGUGAUGACCAAUGGCUGGGAGACGGUGGACAUGACCCUGCGGCGGAAUGGGCUUGGGCAGCUGGGCUUCCAUGUGAAGUACGAUGGGACAGUGGCUGAGGUGGAGGACUAUGGGUUUGCCUGGCAGGCCGGCCUCCGGCAAGGCAGCCGGCUAGUAGAGAUCUGCAAGGUGGCUGUGGUCACACUGACCCACGACCAGAUGAUUGACCUGCUGCGCACCUCUGUCACCGUGAAGGUUGUCAUCAUCCCACCUUUCGAGGAUGGCACGCCCCGAAGGGGCUGGCCAGAGACCUAUGACAUGAACACCUCGGAGCCCAAGACUGAACCCGAAAGCAGCACCCCUGGGGGCCGGCCCCCCUACCGCAGCAACGCUCCCUGGCAGUGGAGUGGCCCUGCGUCCCACAACUCUCUACCAGCCUCCAAGUGGACAGCCCCGGCCACCCCCGGCCACGCCCAGUCCCUGAGCCGGCUCCCGAAACAGACGUCUAUGGUACCUUUCCGAGAAUCCCAACCACUGCACAGCAAGAGGCCUGUCAGCUUCCCAGAAACCCCUUACACAGCAUCACCAGCAGGGGCCGACAGAGUCCCUCCCUACCGACAGCCUUCUGGGAGUUUCUCCACCCCCGGCUCAGCCACCUACGCAAGAUACAAGCCAUCCCCAGAAAGAUAUGCAGCCGCCCCACACCCAUUGCUGUCUUUCGAUCCCCACUUCAGCCACGACGGGAUGUCCAGCGGCGACUCCUCCUCAGGCGGCCUGACCAGCCAGGAGAGCACCAUGGAGCGCCAGAAGCCAGAGCCUCUGUGGCAUGUGCCAGCCCAGGCCCGGCUGUCAGCCAUGGCUGGAAGCAGCAUGAGCAAGCACAGCUCCCGGCAGGAUGCAGCAGGCAAAGAUUCCCCCAACAGGCAUUCCAAAGGUGAGCCCCAGUACUCCAGCCAUUCCAGCAGCAAUACCCUCUCCAGCAACGCGUCCAGCAGCCACAGUGACGACCGCUGGUUCGACCCUCUGGACCCCCUGGAGCCAGAGCAAGACCCCCUCUCCAAGGGCGGCUCCAGUGACAGCGGCAUUGACACCACCGUCUACACCUCCAGCCCCAGCUGCAUGUCCCUGGCCAAGGUGCCACGGCCCACCAAGCCACACAAGCCCCCAGGAAGUAUGGGCCUUUGUGGUGGAGGUCGUGAGGCCACCGGGAGGUCCCACCACACAGACAGACGGCGGGAGGUCUCACCCGCCCCUGCGGUUGCUGGCCAGAGCAAGGGCUACCGACCAAAGCUGUACUCCUCGGGCUCCAGCACUCCCACAGGCCUGGCCGGGGGCAGCCGGGACCCGCCAAGGCAGCCCAGUGACAUGGGCUCACGGGCUGGCUUCCCUGCUCAGGUUUACAAAACUGCCAGUGCAGAGACUCCUCGGCCCUCCCAGCUGGCCCAAGCCAGCCCCUUCCAGCUCUCCACCUCUGUCCCCAAGUCCUUCUUCUCCAAGCAGCCUGUGCGCAAUAAGCACCCAACAGGAUGGAAGAGGACGGACGAGCCCCCGCCACGGCCUCUCACCUUCACCGACCCCAAGAAGCAGGUGGACGCCAACACAAAGAACGUCUUUGGGCAGCCGCGGUUAAGGGCAUCCCUGCGAGACCUCCGGUCCCCUCGGAAGAACUACAAGUCCACCAUUGAGGAUGACCUGAAGAAACUCAUCAUCAUGGACAACCUGGGGCCAGAGCAGGAGAGGGACACAGGGCAGUCCCCCCAGAAGAGCCUGCAGCGGACACUGUCAGACGAGAGCCUGUGCAGCGGGCGCCGGGAGCCCAGCUUUGCCACCCCUGCCAGCCUGGAGCCAGGCCUGCCCAGUGACGUGCUCUUCACCAGCACCUGCGCCUUCCCCUCCAGCACGCUGCCCGCCCGCCGCCAGCACCAGCACCCACUCCCUCCCAGCGGCGGCCCCAGCGCCAUCCCUGCCACUGGCAACGGAUUCCCAGAGAAGAAAUCUGCCAUCUCCGCCUCAGAACUUUCACUGGCUGAUGGACGGGACCGGCCCUUGCGGCGCCUGGACCCCGGGAUGAUGCCCCUGCCUGAUACAGCUGCUGGUCUUGAAUGGUCCAGCCUGGUAAAUGCAGCCAAGGCCUAUGAAGUGCAAAGAGCCGUCUCGCUCUUCUCUCUCAACGACCCAGCCCUGAGCCCAGACAUCCCACCUGCACACAGUCCUGUCCACAGUCACCUGAGCCUGGAGCGGGGGCCCCCGACCCCCAGGACCACCCCUACCAUGAGUGAAGAGCCACCCCUGGAUCUGACGGGCAAGGUGUACCAGCUGGAAGUGAUGCUGAAGCAACUGCACACGGACCUCCAGAAGGAGAAGCAGGACAAGGUGGUGCUGCAGUCAGAGGUGGCCAGCCUCCGGCAGAACAACCAGCGGCUGCAGGAGGAGUCGCAGGCCGCCAGCGAGCAGCUACGCAAGUUCGCCGAGCUUUUCUGCAGGGAGAAAAAGGAGCUCUGAGGCCGAGAGGCCACCAGGCCCUGGCACCUUGCCUGCAGGCAGGCCGCGGGCUCCUGUCCUCCUCUCUCUUUCUGUAGGCCCCUGGUGGCCGGCAUGACAGGUCACUUAGCCAGGCCUGGUACCUACUGCCCCCGCAGCUCUCCACGUGGACUCAGAAACCCCAGCUAGCAGUGGGGCCUGCAGGAGCCUCCCCAGGCUGUGAGUCAGGUCAACUCCUGGUCUCAGGCCUCUGCACUGACCCCCUGUGUCCCUGGGGUCACCCAGACUCUGCCUAGGACCCGGCUGUGGGAAAGUGAGAGGGGCUGCAGAGGUCAGCAUCCAGCCUCCACAGUGCCCAGGACCCACACGCCAGGUUUCUUCACUGCACCCAGCAGCCUGGCUCGUGGGCAGAGCCCCUGCAUGAAAAAAUAUGGCGUGAAAUGAGUCUUUACCCCCACACCCCAAAGAAGCAAGUGCCCCCAGGGCGACAGACUAGGACCCUUUGGUCCCCAGUGUACUAGCUCCAAAAAGCAUGGAUGUCAUCCCUUCCCAGCCCCCUCCUUCCACAAAGCAGCCAGGAGCACUUUCAUAGAGUUUAAAUUAUUUUCUUGGAGGCCCUAGGAUGGAGAGAAGAAAUUCCAGCAUCCAGAGGCCACUUCUUUGAGAGAAAAACUAUUUGUACAAACAGGACAAUUUAUACGAUCUUUUUCUAUCAGUUCCUCUCCCACCAGAGGCCACAUGCCUGGGCUUGGGUCCCCCAGGUCCUUCCACCUUUGAGCUACUGACCUGGCCGGGCCAGACCGCCCGGCUCUCUCUCCUCCCAGCACGACCAAGCCCUGACCAGCAGCCAGGCCGCCUCUGGGCUCCAGAAGGCACCCUGGGAGCCUUGGGACAGGGCUGGACAACAACAGCCUUCAUCUCCUGUCUGGUUUCCUUUUCCUUCGCAAGCCCAUCUUGCAGGCCCCCAGCGACGGCCACCCAGACACACUCACUGUGCUCCCCGGGGAGCACUCGCAGUGCGAACCCCAGAGACGCUGUUCUAAAGGCAAUAAGGGGCAGCUGGCGGGCAGCCAGGCCAGUGUGGUACUACGCUGUUCUCCCAGGAAACACGAGUUCCUUUUUUUUUCCUUUAAAAACAAAAAAAUAUAUAUAUAUAUAUAUAUUUAUUUUUUCAUGUAGAGUUGCGCCAGAACAAGUCUGGAUGGCCACAGUCUGUGGAUUCCCCCAACCUCAAGCUGAGGAUCGAGGCGUGUCCCCCAUGGGCAGGGGGUCAGCAAGAGGACCCAGAGGGACAGUCAAGGUGGGGGGAAGGCGGCUUCCCUUUCUGGGAAGCACCAGGCAGGAAGGAGUUGGCAGCGUGGGCUGGGCUUAGAGCCUGAGCCAGGCAGCCGGCACUUGUCCAGAGAACCCCCAGGUUCUCUUCAGGCCCAGGAACCCGGGCAGAUAGGCGUUUCUGGGACUGCAUAGAUCAGGCACUCAGGGAGGUGCCAGGCUGGAGGGGCGGGGGCCCAAGAAGAGGGUGUUCACUGCGUCUCCCUAUGAUCUGCCUCUGGCCGCCAGCAUCCCCCAGUCUUGAGAGUAAAACCUCACCCCUGCCACCUCCUCUCCCCACAGCGGUGGCGAGAGGCCAGCCUGCCAAGGCCAGGCCUGCCCAGCACCCUCCCCAGCCCUGGCCAACUACUGUGAUGUCUCCUUCCCUGGUCCCCUUCUCGGGGGUUCUCCAGACCCCCGCCCCACCCCCCCUCCUCAGACCCUAACCUGGAGCCUUUAUUUCUUUUUUCUCAUAUCUUCAGAUCAUUCGAUCAUUUUGGGGACCUGAUCAUACACAUUGACAAGUGUAAAUUAUGAUUUUGGUUUUAUUUUGUUAUUUUUAAAGAAUUUCUGCACAACAAAUCUAUUUAAUUUGAGGUUGGUGUUCUAUCUGAUGGCUGAGAUAGUAGGCUUUUUUUCAUGUUGAUUUGAUUCAUUUGGUUAAUUAUUCUUUACUGUCUUUUUCCCCCUCCCAUCCCUGUCUUGAGAUUUUCUGGCAUGUUUCUGGAGGUUUCAAAGGAAAUAAAUGUUUCAUAGAAA